UGAUGAAAGGUCAGAGGUCACCCUGUGAUCCAUCGGAGGGCAACAGGCCGUCAGGGUGUUCUGCUGAACCGUCUCUAAGCCACCGACCAACAUCCUCUCUGCUAGCAAGAAGGUUUUCCAAGAGGAGCCAUGUUGAAUCCUUUCAUCAUAUCAUGGCUUUAAAUUCACCGGGAGGAGAAAUGAACCCAACCUCACGUUGUCCCGGGCUGCACCACUGCGCCCUCUGCUGGCAGAGUCUGAUACUGUACAGUAAACAACAGACCAGCCGCUUUACUGAGAGUCGAACACAACGCCAACCGCCAUACGCGAUUUCUCUCUGCACGCUGAAUGGCUGGCAUUCUGUAGUACGGAAGUCUAUCUGCACGGUGAACGGCUGGCACCCGAAAAGACGGAAGUGUAUCUGCAAUAUGAUUGGCCAGUGUCGGUCAGACCGAAGUGUAUCUUCUCGCUGAUUGGUUUGUGUCGGUCGGACGGAAGAGGCGGGCCGGGGGUUCCCCGGGGGAAGUCCCCGGCUCGACUCCUAAAGCACUUUUCUAGUUUCCUCUCCUAGACUCCUAUUCCUCUUUCGAGUCAACUAUUAUCUGAUGUUUCGGCUCCGUUUAAAGCGUCUGGACUUGAUGAAGCACUGAUGUCCCCCGCCUCAGGGAUGGUGGAGCAGCAGACAUGGAGAGGAGCAGCAUGGGAGAGCAGGUGAACAAGGCCUUCGAGGUCUACCGCCAGGCCUCCCUGGAGAAGGACCUGGCUAAGAAGGAGCUGGAGACGAUGACAGAGUACUACGUCCGCUACACCCAGGAGCUGCAGCAGCAGAUCGAGGACCAGCGGCAGCUCAUCUCCAGGCUGGAGGCCCAGCUGUCCUCAGCCAAUCAGCCGCAAGGAGAGAGCAGAUCAAAGGCCAGACGACGAGAAGCCAGGGCCCGGGAGGAGGGGCCAGCGGGGCCCGAGGGGGCGGAGCUCGGCGUCCACCGCCCCGACCGAACCGCCGACCUCAGGAAGACACAGCUGAAGGAGAACGCCGACAGGGCACUGGCUGCCCCUCCUUGGCCCGCGCUGAAGAGCCCCCCGGACAGCCAGAGCAUGCUGGAAGUAUUCGAAGCCAUUCAAGGGAGAUUCCAGCAGAUCCAGAUCCUGACGCGGCGACAGAAGGACCACCUGAGGCGCUUCCAGGGGGGAGACCUGUCCAGCGACCAGCAGUUCUCCAUGCCCAUCCAGUGCACUGACGGCACGGCCGAGCGGACCGAGGGGCCCGGCCCCCCCGCUCCGAGGGCCAACAGGACCACGCCCAGGGCCACGCCCGGGGCCACGCCAGGGGCCACGCCUGGGGCCACGCCAGGGGCCACGCCCGGGGCCACGCCCGGGGCCCCUCCUGUGGGGGGCGACGCCCCACAGACGGCCACGGCGCUGGCGUCCCGCGGUGCCGGCCCCCAGGACCAGGGCCUUGGGGGGCGGGACCUGGGGGACUCUCUGGCCCGACUCAGCGUGAAGUUCCCGCCGGCGUUGGACUGCGAGUACGACUUCCUGAACAGCGCCCCGGAGAGACCCCUGCGGUGCGGCCAGCCCCCCCUCCCCGUGAUGGAGGAGCCCCCCCUGGGGGGGCAGCCCGGGCCCUUUGGUCUCCCCCCAGGGCCCCCCUCCCCGACGGAGGAGGGCGGACCCCAACAGCCACUCUGUGGUCCCGUCCUGCGUGAGCUGGAGCGGGGGGCUGCUGAGCGGGGGGCCCGGGAGCGGGGGGCCCGGGAGCGCGAUGGCGGCGGCGGCGGCGGCGCCAGCCCUCAGUGCGCGUUCUGCCAGGCCACCGUCCCACAGGACCGCAUGAACAGCCACCUCUACCUCCACUUCUCCCACAAGAACAGCAGCAAGACGAAGUGUGUUCAACACACCCGGGACAGCGAGGCCCGGGGCAGCGAGGCCCGGGGCAGCGAGGCCCGGGGCAGCGAGGCCCGGGGCAGCGAGGCCCGGGGCCGCCGCGCAACGCGGUCCGCCCCGGUGUGA